UCGAAGCGUUGAACGAAAUUAAACGAGAGAGAGAGAGUGAGAGAGAUCGUAGUAGCUCCCAGCCUCACGACGACUCCGCUCUGCUCUGCCAUUUGAAAAGAAAGGUUCGGAGGGAGGCGCUGUUUUUUCUGCGCUGGGCGGGCGGCGGGCGACUUUGAUGUGCUACGAGCUGGCGGACCAACGUGGACCGCACGGCAGCGGCGGCGGCCGGACGGUGAAGGGCGACGACGGCAGCGCCGGGGCGGCGUCGGGAAUGACAAUGGCGAGCCCGGCGGACCUCAUGUCGGGCUACUACCAGGCGCAGGAGAUGUCGACGAUGGUGUCGGCGCUGUCGCGGGUCGUGGCGGAGGACGACCCGUGGGCGCCGUCCGGCUCCGGCGCCGGGCCGGAGGGGUGGGGCUGGGAGGAGCAGCAGGCAAUGCACGCCGGCGCUGGCGGCGGCGGCGGCGGCGGCUACGUGCACGAGCUGGGGAGCUUCCCGUCUUCAGAGUUCGCAGGGUCGGAUCAGAGCUCGGACACCCAGAGCGCGACCAUGGAGGAACACCGCUCCCGCUCCCCGGCGUCGUCCAACGUGGUGGAGGCGCCGCGGCGGCGGUACCGCGGGGUGCGGCAGCGGCCGUGGGGCAAGUGGGCGGCGGAGAUCCGGGACCCGCACAAGGCGGCGCGCGUCUGGCUCGGCACCUUCGAGACGGCCGAGGCCGCGGCGCGCGCCUACGACGACGCCGCGCUGCGCUUCCGCGGCAGCCGCGCCAAGCUCAACUUCCCCGAGGACGCGCGCCUGCACCCGGCCACCGUCGCCCCCGCCGCCGCGCCGGCCCGGGCGCCGAUCGCCGCGGCAUCGGCCUCGACGCCCGCCGUGUACGCCGCCGCCGGGCCGGCCUCCGACUACCUGCGCUACCAGAUGCUCCUGCAGGGCAGGGGCGCCGCCGCCAACCAGGGCAACCUUCUCUCGUUCUACGGCGGGGGCGGGGGCGGCGCCAUGUCCAGCUCGUACGGCGGCGGCGGCGGAGUCAUGAGCAGCUCUUAUGGCGGCGGUGCCAGCGGCGGCACCAUGAGCGGUUUCCUGGGCUCCUACUACUCGUUCCCGUCCUCCUCCGUGUCGGUGGCCACCGUGCCGUCCUCCUCCUCGGCCUCCUCUGCGCCGGGCCACUACUACUCGUCGCCGCACGACUCGCAGCAGCAGCAGGGCGACGCGGCGGCGGAGUGGAGCUGGGAGAGCGCGCUGGCGCCCUACCCGGGGACGACGGCGGCGGCCUCCUGGUCCGACUCGAGCCAGCAGCCGUACCACCCGCCGCACACCCAAUAGCGCAGCAAUCGCAAAACCAAAGCCAAGGCCAAGAUUCUGCGCCGUCUCUGGAAGAAAGAAUAAGUUGUGUACGGAUGGCGACGGAGACGGGCGCAGCAGCAGCAAGCAGAAGAUCGAGAAAAAAACAAGCAGAAGAAGAUCGAGAAUGAUGGCGUCACUCGCUGAGGGGCAUGUGUUGAUUGACAGCUAUGGACGGUGCUCAUUUUGUUCGUUCGUUGAUUAUUAGUUUGGGUGGUGGGGCGGGGUCGACCCGUUGUUAGUACUUUCUGUUUUGGUUAUUACUGCAAAUUAAGCGAAGAAAUGGAGGUUUGGAUACUUCAGGGGAGGUUAAA